GGCUGAGAUUCUGCGUGAUGUGAUCUCCAUUUUUCUCUGCAGGAGGUGAUCACCAAUGAACACGUGGUGGCCAUGAUGAAAGCAGCCAUGUUUGAUACUGAGCAGCCACAUCUGUUUGAACCCAAGAUGACCCGCUCCAAACUCAAGGAGGUCGUGGAGAAGGGGGUGGUCCCCCCUACGUGGAAUCUAUCGCCGAUCAAGAGUAAAGAGUCCAAGGCUCCCCAGUUCAUUGACAUCCCUCUGGAGGAGGAAGACUCGUCCGAUGAGGAGUACAGACCCGAGGAGGAGGAGGAGGAAGAAGAUGAGACAGCCGAGGAGAGCUUCAUGGAGAGUGAUGCUGAGAGCACCAGUUCCUCUCCUGCAGGGAGUGGCAGGCCACGGUCCAGGCAAGAGGUGUUAGAGACCGAGGAGGAGAGUUCCUCUGCUGAGGUGAGUGAGUCUGGUUCCAGCGUUGGGCUCUGUAUCAGUGUUCCUGCUGUCCGUCCAUCCCUAUCUCCGUUAGCUGCACCCCCUUCGGUCUGCUUCAGCUGCUCCCUGUGGCUGCCUUCUCACCGUGACCCUAGUUUGAGUUUCUCCCUCAGCUGGAAGCCCUGUCAGUGCCUACACCUUGCCCACGGUUUAUCUGCCUUUCAAGUAGUUCCCUUUGCUGGGAAGUGGCUGUCGUGUCCCCCUUUGACACAGUAG